AGCGCUGACAUCAAUAGUUGACAGGAACGGCAGCUUCGGGCUGGCGCGUAAGAGUACGGAGCUGGCGCGAUGGCCGGAUAAGGAGGGUUGCUUGGAGGAUGUAGCAGAGGCAGCUGGUUGGGGUCCUGCGACAGGGUGUGUUCGGGGCAGAAAGUUUCGGCGGAGGCGCGAGCACGGGAACGGGACCGGGCGCGAGCGCAGCCGUUAGCGGCCGGGCGGGGCGAUGGCACCGCGCAUGCUCUGAACCACCCCCCCUCCCCACACGGACACUCGUCGCUCCCGGCGCCGGGGCUGAAGAGAAAGGAUUAGCUGCAAAGGGAACCAGGAAAUGACGGAAUACAAACUUGUAGUGGUUGGAGCUGGAGGUGUGGGAAAGAGUGCCUUAACUAUCCAAUUGAUUCAGAACCACUUUGUGGAUGAAUAUGAUCCAACAAUAGAGGACUCCUAUAGGAAACAGGUAGUGAUUGAUGGUGAAACAUGUUUGUUGGACAUUCUGGACACAGCAGGUCAAGAAGAGUACAGUGCUAUGAGGGAUCAGUACAUGAGGACAGGCGAAGGAUUUCUCUGUGUCUUUGCUAUAAACAAUCAUAAAUCAUUUGCAGAUGUUCACUUGUACAGAGAACAAAUUAAAAGAGUAAAGGAUUCUGAAGAUGUCCCUAUGGUCUUGGUGGGAAACAAAUGCGAUUUACCUUCCCGAACUGUGGACACAAAACAAGCGCAGGAACUGGCUAGGAGUUAUGGGAUACCUUUCAUAGAAACUUCAGCAAAAACAAGACAGGGAGUUGAAGAUGCAUUUUACACACUGGUACGAGAGAUUCGGCAAUACAGAAUGAUAAAACUCAACAGUCAAGAUGAUAGAAACCAAGGUUGCUUGGGGUUAAAAUGCAUCAUUAUGUAAUUAGGUUAUUGGAUGCCUUCUAUAUGAUCUGUAAAAUAUACAAACCGGGGCAAAAAUGGAAAAAAAAAGACCAACAUUCUUUGGUGUAAAAUUCCUGACCCCACCUGACCCUUUUUAUAUAUAUAUAUUAAAAAAAAAGAACUGUUGUGAUGUACAAUAGAUUUACUAGGUACAGGUGCACUAUUUGCUCAUUCUCUUUCUGUGCAUUACACUAAAUGUACCGGAUUUAAUUUUAUAGUACACUAACAAAGUCAUAUUGCAGGUGUGUUAUCAGACUGUGGUACAGACUAGUCUGAGUGCAAACUGAUUUUUUAAAUAUAAAGUGCCUGUUUACUGUAACAAAUAUUUUAGCUGUUUUGAACCCUUGUGCUUACUAGGACUACCUACUUUUGUCAAACAGAUUCCGGAUGUAUAAACAAAUUUCCUUUCAUUCAGUUUGUUUGACCUGCAAAUUUGGAAUGCCCAUCAGUAUGAUGAGAUCUGUAUUGAUAAUUCAUACAAGUAUGAACCCCAAGUAUUAAAAGGGACACUCAAGUUAAUAAAGCAUUGCAGCUGUGAUACCAGCAAAUGCAAUCCUGUUAAAUUGUAGCCACAAUUACCUAUUAUAGCAGAUCAAUCGAUUUGACUAUUUUAACCUGUGCAAGAAAGUCACAAAGUGGUUGUACCACACUUAGUAUGAGGAGUGUAUUCUUUAUAUUUAAUUGCCUCCAUUGCUAAAUUAUUGUAGCCCUGAUGAAGACUAGGUUGUGUGUCCACCAUCCUGCUUCAGGAACUGGAUACAGUGUUUCUGUGGAAUUGCUUUCUUCUCAACUUCUCUGCAAUGUCUGUGCUUAAUCAUGGAAUGCCUUGCCUUAGCAAUGGACUGGCAUGCAUUAAAAUAGAAGAUUCAGCAGUGCCCUCAAUCAAUUAUCAUGGUUCUUAAUUUAUUUUGUCAAAAGUACAAAAAAAAGGAUUUGUUUUCUUUUGGAAUAAUUUUAUGACUGUGGUAAUCUUGACCUGCCUGUGAUUCAAAUCAGAUUUGUUGUGAAGGAUCAACCCUUUCCAGUUUUAACACUCACUUCCACAGCAAGGUACAUGGCUGAAGUUGCUUAUGGGCAUUAAUAGGCAAGGAAGGAGGGCCAUGUGUGCUUUAUUUUCCCUCUUGUCACACUAUAUUGAGGAAUGUUCAUCAAUUCUUUCAGCAUAGUUGUUUCUUACAAAGAUAAGCAACAUUAUUGGCAGACUGUUCUGGAGAUGUGGUUCAAUGACAGUUGUAGGUGGGUGGAAAUGUAGAACAAAUUUGCUAGAAACACUAGCCAGUCACUACAUAUUUCUAAGCAGUAAAGAACCUUGUUUUUAUAAGAAUAAUUCAAUCCUUGGGCUUCUCUUUGUGUGUGUAGUGGGGGAGGGAGAGGGAAUCUUUAACAUGGUUUAGAUCUAAGCUUUUCCUAAAUUCUGCUUUGUGGCCAUAAAAGUAAUACAUUAAAUGCUUAUUGUUUGGGAACACUGUUUCUUUGAAAACACAGCUUUAGUACUUGGAAGAUUUUUUUGGAUAUUUGAUGUAAUCAAAUGCCACAUUACUAAUUCAAAAACUGAACAAUUCUGUAAUAUUUCCAAGAAUAAGGCAUGUUUGAAUCAGGAAAUCACUUGUUUGUUAACAAUGAUGUGCAAUACCAAAUAGCAGAGAUGCACACUGUCUGAAAUCUUGUUCACAAUGUGACAUAAUAUUCCAUACUUGGCUCUGCACAGGCAUUGCAGGUUUUUCAAAGUUCCCACCUUAAUAACAUUUUCAUAUUAGGUUAAAUUUAAUGUUCAUUAUGUUGUGAUCUUUAGUUUACAGCAGGUAUUGCUUUGUUUUAUAGGCUACUGUCUCCUGCCUGCAUGAGUUCAUUUAUCAUGGCCUCUAGGUCAGGAGGGCCGGUAGCAUUUAUUGUUCAGCUUCGACAAGCCCCAGAAAUUAAUAAGCUUGUGGCCUGUAGAGGCACCUGUACCUGGUAGGAAAGGAACAGAAGUAGGCCAUUCAACUCUUGUUUGUUCUGUUAUUCAGUUUUUUGGGGGGGUAAAUAAUAUCAAGUUAAAUAUGUUUUUCAAUGUGACAUAUUCUGAUAACCACUGUUAGUCUUUCACCUGAAAAAGACUGAAUCAAAUUUUGCAUUGAACAUUAUUGCCUAAUCACAUUUUGAGCUCUGACGAUAUUUUUUAAUUAUAAUACCCCGAGUCUUAAUAUAGGCUUAAAAAGAUGAUGUUUGAUUUACUAGCAGUCCUAGCUGUUUUUGUCUCUUCUAGUUGAUUUAUUUUCCAUCUAUUUACAGUUUAGAAGUGACAGCUUGUUCAGAUCCAUCUUGACAGUGUUUAGUAUUUAGUCUCUUUCUCUGCCAUGUGCUACGUGCUGUUCCAGGAUAUUCAGUAACUGUGGUCUUCUGUUGAACAGACUGGGGCAAAUGGUUUUCAUGUUUUUAUUCUGAGUAAACAUACGGGUGAUAAUUCGAAAAUACCAGUUUCAUGUUAAAGUUUGGAACUGGAAGCUUUGACCACUAGAUCUGUAGCUAAUGUCAAAAUCAUUGUAUAAUUGAUUGACUAACACAAUUGCUUAUCCAUUAGGGAAAGAAUAUAAGUAAGCGUAGACAGUUCACCUUGCCAUUCAAAUGAGAUCAGGGUUAUUUUGGCAACUAAUUCCUUAGGCCCACCGAUACCUCAAAGCCAUCAUUAAGUUAUUUUUAAGUGUGGCUAAAUUUUUUUUAUUAAGACCAUUGAAGCAGAAGUUGCAGGCUAGUUUUGUUUAUUAUUAUUCCCAGUUGAUGUUAUGGGUGGGCUCAUUUAACUCAUUAGCGGAAUCAAGACAUCAAAAUAGUGAAAACUGACUAAUCUGCUCAGAACCUCCCACACAAAUACAAAAAUUAAAAAAUAAAAGCAGAAAAUACUGUAAGCACUCAGGAGGUCAGGCAGCCUCUGUGGAAAGAGAAACUGACUUGAUAUUUCAGGUAAUCAGAUCAAACCAUAACAAAU